CACGCAGUACGAAACAGUCAGUGGUUAGGAACAGUCACUCAGUCAAGCCGAUAAAUAAGGAAAACAACUCAGGUCUAGGCUGCGUCGAUUGUUAGCAAGCUGAUGCUCCAGAAUGACUAAGAAAGAAGAGAAGAGUAGAAUAUGCUUUCAGAGAAAUUAUCCUUCCCUUAUUAUCGCUUCUGUGUGUUAUCAAAAUUAAACUAUUUGUUUCCAGAAUUCUUGCUAGCAACUGUUAACCGCAUCAAAUGUGAAAGUUCAGAUUUAUUAUAGAAAAGCAUUGUUGUUAACAAGUAUACGGAAUGGAUUUGAAAACUUUAUUAAGGUAUAAGAUAUGCUAUAUAAAGAUAUUCGAUUGGGCUAACUUUGAGCACAGUGACAAGAAAGAAUAUUCCAUCUGAAGUUGACUUCGUAUCCUGGCAGUGUUUUCCUUCGAAGAUUGACUAAAAUAGAAAAAUAGCAUUACUGUUGCACUUAGAAACCACCUUUAGAAGUUGUUGCUGUUGUGAUUGUAUUUGAGAUCGGCGGAUGGUGUUUUAAUAAUGGAGAGUCCAGUUUUAUUGCCUCACAUAAACAUGACUGAAGAAGAGUAUCUUGAAGUUAACAUGGGACCUCAACAAAUAACGUUAGUAGUGGUGGUGCCCAUUACAGUUGUAUACGGGCUGAUUUUUGUCAGUGGAAUUAUUGGAAAUGUAAUCGUGUGUUUGGUUAUCACCAGAAACUCCCACUUUCAGACACCAACCAACUACUACCUGUUUUCUCUAGCUAUUUCCGACUUGCUCAUUUUAUUAUUUGGAAUUCCAAACGAUCUCAAACUCUACUGGCAGCAGUACCCUUGGCAACUCGGAGAGACAGUGUGCAAAUUACGAGCCAUGGUGGCGGAGAUGACAAGCUACGCUUCAGUACUGACAAUUGUGGCAUUUACCACAGAACGCUAUAUUGCUAUAUGUCACCCUCUAAGUAUCCAGACUCUUUCUUCCCUUUCCAGAGCGAUUAAAAUAAUCAUGUCUGUAUGGGUUGUGUCAUGUAUUAGUGCAGUGCCUUUUGCCAUCUUUAUCAAAGUGAAUUACGUGGAUUAUCCUAAGGGUUCAGGAAACAAUCUAGAAGAAUCAGCUUUCUGUGCUCUUCCAAUGGAAAAUAAUGAAGUUAGCUUGCCCCUGUUGCAGUUCUCCAUUUUUGCUUUCUUCAUUCUUCCGAUGUCAUUAAUCAUUAUUCUUUACGUUAAGAUAGGAUUGACGUUGCGGAACUCUCGCUUCAGUAGAGUAUCGUCUGGGGAAUCCUCGAAACAUUCGCACUCUAGAAUCGACUCCAGGAAACAACUUUCUCGGCGCUCAGUCCAUAAAAUGCUAGUGGCUGUUGUCAUCGCUUUCUUUCUUUGCUGGGCACCGUUUCACGCUCAACGUUUGCUCGUAGCGUACGUCCAUAGGGAGCAUUGGACUAUGAUGUUGCGAACACUGAAUGAAAUUUUAUAUUACUUUGGUG